CUAGCAUCAAUUUUUUUUAAUAAUCAUUGAAGUACCCACCAUGUCGGACGAUACAAAGACAAUCCUUGACUUCUUUUUCGAUAAUGUGAAAAAGCUUGGUGCCAAGACUUUCUUGACCCAGCCUAUGGGCGGAGACGUCGUUAAGACUUUCAGCUAUCAGGAAGUUCUUGAUGAGGCCAAGAAAGUGGCUGGUUAUAUUGAAUCCAAAGGGUAUCCACCAAAGUCGCAGAUCGCGAUCUGCUCCAAGAACUGUGCUCAUUGGCUCAUUGCCGACAUCGGCAUCAUGCUUGCUGGUCAUGUCUCUGUCCCAGUGAGUCUUGAAUGCUGCGAUGAAUGGUUCUCGGAACCCAUUGAUUAGUGUUUUGACACCUUCGUUGUUUGGUUGAUUCAUUGUUAUUACGUGAGAGUCUCACGCUUGCUUCUAUUUUGGUUUCAAUGCAUGAAUAGGUUUAUCCAACACUUACCGCCGAAACUACGGGCUACAUUUUGGAACAUUCUGAAUCCAAGAUGGUUUUCAUCGGAAAGCUCGACGAGAAGCCUUGGCAAGAAAUGAAGGGAGGAAUUCCCAGUUCAAUCGAUGCCGUGUCUUUUCCUCUUUGUCCAAAGGACACCUUGCAUGCCAAGAAGUGGGACGAUGCGAUUGCAUCGAGUUCUCCCAUUGCGAGUCCAGUCUCUAGAACUAAGGAUGAGAUGGCCACAAUCAUUUACACGUCUGGAAGUACCGGAAAGUGAGUGGAACCUAUUCAGUUGAAUGACAUUGAACAACUUGCCAUAGUUUUUGAAAAUGGAUAGGAUUCUUUCAUCAAUCUGAUUUGCUCAACACUCAUUAACUUUCUUUUUUAAAAUGUCCAGGCCUAAGGGUGUGAUGACGUCGUUCGGAGCCAUGACCGACACGACGAAGGGUAUUUGCAAAGAACUGAGCGUCACCAGCGACGAUCGUUAUCUCUCUUAUUUGCCAAUCGCACACGGUAUGGAGCGUUGGUUGGGAAUGGUAAGGCGGCACCAUAUUUUUACUUCUUGGAUUUUGGUUCAGACAGAUUUUUUUCCUAAUACGUAUCGCUGCCGAUAUUCUCUUCCUCUUAGUGUGUUCCAUUGUAUUCUGGAGAGCAAGUUUGGUAUGCCGAGGCCCUUACAACUUUUAUUGCCGACCUAAAUCGUUGCGAGCCUACUCUGUUUUUGUCGGUCCCUCGGUAAGUUCCCCACGUGUAAAUUCCUCGCAUUGGAUUAGGUGAAAUCACAUUGAGUAUCACUUCCGUUUCUGGUUUGAGAUCAAACAAACUCACAUGGCGAUCGUUGUAUCUAGUCUCUGGACUAAAUUCCAAGCCGGAGUAUUUAGUAAAUUGCCGGAGAAAAAGGUCAAUUUGUUGCUUAGUAUCCCCUUGAUCAACAUUCUCAUCAAGAAGAAAUUGCUGAAGACAUUGGGGCUUUCAAAGGUUCGAUUUGCAGGGUCAGGAAGUGCACCUCUACCGCAGGAUCUAUUGAAUUGGUACAGAAGUUUGGGACUUGAACUUUUGGAAGGCUAUGGAAUGACUGAAAAUUUUAACUACUCGCACUUCAGCCAACCUGGUAAAUCCCGUGUUGGAUACGUGGGAAAUACAUAUGAUGAUGUUGUGUGCCGAAUUGCUGAUGAUGGUGAGAUCCAGGUCAAGACACCCGGUAAAAUGAUGGGAUACUUCAAGAAUCCCGAGGCGACUGCCGAGACGAUCACAGAAGAUGGAUAUGUCCGCACUGGAGACAAGGGAGAAUUGGAUGAGCAGGGGCGUCUCAAGAUUACCGGACGUACCAAGGAAAUCUUCAAGACCUCCAAGGGCAAGUACGUGGCACCCGCACCUAUUGAAAACCUACUGAUUUCCAAUCAAUACGUCGAGUUAGCGUGCGUCGGAGGCAAGUCGCAACCUCAGCCAUUCGCUAUUAUUCAACUCUCCGAGAGUCCCAAGGCGAAAGCCAUCGGAUCGGAAGGUGAACGUGAAGUGUUGGGUAAGGCGUUGGAAGAACAUUUCAUUAAUUCCGUCAAUUCGAAGAUCGAUGGACACGAGAAGCUUCAGUUCGUGGUGAUCGUCAAGGAUGACUGGUUGCCCGAAAACGGGUUUUUGACACCUACCCAAAAGAUCAAGCGAGCCACGAUCGAAGACACUUAUGAUCCCAAGGUUGAGGGAUGGUAUGCAGCCAAGAAGAAGGUGAUCUGGGACGGAUUCUAAGCUUGGAAUUUUGUUCCUUUAUAAAUUUUAGAUUUGGGCGUUUCAUUCAUUAUGGAAUCAGAUCUUUGGGUUUCAAACGUUACAACGUCUGUCCCAUCAAUUCUGUCCUUUUCGGUGUGUUUUCAUGUACUACAUUUUCCAUGUGCAUGCUUCCGGAUUCCAUCGGUAUCGGAAAUAUGUCAAUCGUCUCUUUCCUUCCAUUGAAGAUAGCAACUUCAGUUCUAUAUAGCUUCAUGU